AUGGAGGAGGGAGGGAGGCGAAGAGAGAGCUUGAAGGAGAAGGAGGAGGAGGACGUUCCUUUCAUCCUCGUCCAAGAUCACGCGCAGGCACUGCCAUGGAGGCGGCUGCUAUGGCACCUUGGGCACUGGAAGAGCAAGAGGGAGGACGCCGUCUUCCUCGGGGCAGCGGUGGAGAACGGAGACAGAGCGGAGGUAGGGAAGCAGCUGAAAUGGCGGUUUGAAAGACAGAGAAUCGUCUUGGCGCUGGACAUCAAGGGCUCACUGGCGACUGUUGUUGGGACGUCAAAGGACUGCCCUAUCUUGCUGCUAGACAACAUGUUUACCGGAUCGAUGCGGCUCCUGACUUUGCUGGCCCAGUCCAUCACCGGGGUUCAAGAGGUCUUAAUCUCGGUGAUAGCGCAAGGGUCAACCAUCGACGACGUGCGGGUCCUGUGCCAUGAGGAGAGGAUAGACAGCGAGGGACUGGAUCACUUGCUCCAGAAGCUGAGCAUGCAGUUCGAUCUCCUCAAGAGGCAGAUGGCGGUCGGGCUGUGGUGCAGCAGGGACUGUCUUGAUAGCGAGAAAGGGACAACCAGGUCUGACCUGCAGCAUCUGUUUGCAAACAGCAUGCAGCUCCUUGAAUCCAUGAGCACAGAGGGCUGCCCUAACAUCUUCCUCCUCACUGACGGGGUUGUCACCAUGGGGAACGACCAGAGCGUCUUCCUCGAUGUGGCCUCGUGCCUGAGGAGGAAGGACAUCACCGUCCUGCUCUGCUACUACAUGAUCCCCGAGUUGAACGGGACAUUCUCGCACGUCCCCGACCUUGACUUCCUGCGCAAGUUCGCUCGAGCAUGCAACGGCUGCCACAUCAGCAUCGCAUCCGACGACUUCGUUCUCCGGACUGCCAUCUCCGUGGUCCUGUCACGGAGCACGCUGCUGGGCCCGAGCAGGGACUGGUUCACUGGAUGGUACACGGACUGGGCAAGAGGGCCGAGCUCGUUCGGGGGGAGGGCAAGCGAAGUGAGGGUACUGAGGAAGGUGAACUUGAACAGCAUGGGCGAGUGGAACGAGACGGAGAGGGCGGUAGAGGCUCGUUGCCUCGAUGGCUUUCUGCUCGUCGACGUAGAGCUGAAGGAGGAAGAGGGGAGGAGGCAGGGCGAGCGGCAGGGAGCAGGGAGGAAGGGACCGGACGCUCUUGGGGUCAUGAUGCAGGACGGUCGCUCGUCGGCGCACGACGACAUGGUGGAGAACAUCGCAAGCAGGUCGAGGGAUGCGGAACAGUGGGCGGCGAUAGAGUUUGCGUUCCCCCUCCACGACUCUUUGGAUGUUGUUUGCACGAUCCGUAAGGGUGAGGGGCCAACGGACCCGGCGGGCCAACCCCUCUCGGGCUCGCAGCCGUCUGCCAUCAAGGGCCUGACGGGAGUGAUGGAGGUCGGGUGGAGGGCCGAGGAGAAGUUUGCGAAGAAACUGACGCCUUUCCUCGCAUCGUUCUCACACGACAAGACGCUCCAUGAUGUUGUGAAGCCCCACAUUCAGAAGAAUCAUCGGAGGCGAGAAAAGAUGCUUGAGAAGAUUGCACUUCGUCUCCUCGACUUCGUUCAAGCUCUUACAACCCUCGAUCGCUUUCAUCAGUGCAUGUUUGCUCCCCAACUAGCAUUUGCAGCUUUCUCACAGAUGACAACGGUGGGAUGGAGGACGAGGAUGUCUUGUUACUUCGACACGCACAGUGUCGAGUUUCUUCUGUCGAGCAAAGUGGAUUGGAAAUGUCAUUCCAUCCAUCGCGACAACUGCAGUUGUCUCGACACUUUCGUUCAGCUCUGCAACGACUGGGGCAGGAGCCAGCACGGCGACCUGCUUGAGCUCAGCCAUGACAGCAGGAACGAACGACAUUUCUGGGUCUCCUUACCAGAGCUCCGAGUCUCUUCCCAGCCAUGUAUCCUUCAGAUCGUCCAGUCCAAGUUCAUCGUCACCCUCCGGCUUUCAUUCUUCAAGACGGACAAGGAGAGAAGGAUUGCUAUCCUCUCCUCCCUCUCCUCCUUCGUCUCCCAAGACAGGUCGGACCCUCCCCGGCUCCUCUGCGGGGAUAUCGCCUCCCUGCUCCUUGACCGCCAUAUCCUCCCCCAUGCUGCUGACACUUCCUCCGAGCACAAGUUCCUCUUCCAAUCCCGCCCAGGACUAUCCCUGUCCUUCUCACCCUCCUACUCCUUCUCCCUCCCCUCCCAGUCUCUCGCUACCGACAUGUUCCGCCUCCUCCUCUUCUUCCGCUACCUGGAAGGUUUCUUGCUGGUAUCCAGCUCGGAGGAGGAGGACGGAGAGAAGCGGCGAGUGUCAGUCUCCCUUAUCCUCGUCCUCCCUGCUGCAGCUCAAGAAGAUGGAGCAGGAGCAGGGGGGUCAGGAGCAGGAGCAGGGGGUUCCGCGUCGCGAGGUGGAGCAGGAGCGGGAGCAGUGGCAGGAGCAGGAGGAGCCGGAGGAGGAGGAAGAACGCUGUUCCUGGAGGAAGCGGAGGAUUGUGUCAUCAUGGAGUGUAAGAUGGAACUGAACGGGUCGAAGAUCAGCCUGAUCUUGCACACUGAGCCGCAUCCCGAGCAUGUCAUGCUGCGGUUGCAGCGGGCUGAGGAGGGGGAGGGGAUGGGGGAGAGCGGAGAGCAGCGGGAUCAGAUGCUGAACCUUCCGCAUGCGCUGUUCACCAAGUUCUGCGAGGAGGACCGGGAUCUUGGUGUUUGGAUUGCUUCACAACAUAUCUUGAAGACUUUCUGCGAGAGCUCAGCCAGCACGACGGGAAAUCAUAAUCCAUUCCCUCCUCCAGAGUAUCCAGCAGAAAAGAAUCGCAAUGUUACAUUUACGGUUCGGCAAGCUAACGGCAGGUCAAGAGAGUACUGCAAACUACCGGUCCACCGUCUCCUCCAUCACUCCCCGCUCACCCUCGAACGAUGUCUGCCCGCCUUCGUCGAGCUCCGAUCGCCAGCCUCCAAGUCGGCCGAGGGCGACAAGGGAUCGCUUGCAGAGGCCAUGGUAGACUCUACCUCCUUCGCUAUCCUCUUCGAGAGUUUUCUCAAGCAGUUCAGUGGGAGUUCACACACAGCAUGGAAGAUAUCCAAGGAAGACGCUGUUGCGAUGAACGUUCAACCUGACAGCUACGUGUUUGCAAGACAACAUGAUUGUCCGCUGCACAACGAGACAGGUCUCAUCGUCUUCGUCGUGCCUGGCAGGAGGGAGCAGGUGAGCCUGAUGCUGGAGACGCCCUGCAUCCAGUACAGAGCCUUCCUCGUCCCGCACAUCUGCAGCAUCGACACCCUGCAGCCGAACUUCCAUGGCGACGGGCGGGGGGUACAGGGGCUGUUGACAUCAUCGCAAGGUUGCAAACUGUUCGAGAUCUUUGAGAGGCAGAGGAUGAGGAUGAGCGCGGAUAAGGGCGAGGAAGACAGUCAGCAUGAGCACGCUAACGACCAGCAUCUGAUGUGCACGGAGUGCCUGAGGCGUCUGGUGGAGGAGGAGCAGAUGUUCUUCAAUGACAUGUUGCAUCUCCAUCAAUCCUUGUACUGUGAGAUUGCGUUUUCAACCCUGGCUGCUGGAAGGAGCAUCCGUGACAGCGACAUCUCCACAUGCAUGGAGUGGUGCAAGGAAGAAAGUUCCACAACCUCCACGGUCAGUCAGUUUGUUCUGUUCACUGCACUUUCAACACUCAUCGAAAGCACUCAGGACAAGAAUUGUUCUCCAUCGCACAACGUCUGUCUCAGCAUCCAAGAAGUUGUCAGUCAGUACAUCAUGCAGGUGGAGAAAGGAAAGUCGUACUUCGUCCUCGAGGCAACUUCAGGAACAAACCAGCCAGAGAGCGAGUCCUGGAGGAAGAACCAGCAGGCUGAAAAGCAAGGGGGCAGCCUUUCCCGCAGCUCCUCGCAGACAGACUCGCUCAGCGUCAUGUCAGUGAGUUCAAACAACUUCGAAGUUAACAAGGAGUUGUCAUAUUCAAUCCUCACCAAACUUGAAUUCCGAGGUUGUACGUCGGGAUCAGAUGCCAAGGAUGUAGAGAUUGUGUUGUUGUGCUACUUCCCUACAAGCAUCUUGUCGGCCGAUGCAAGCAGCAGGCAGGCAGAGAAGGAAGAGGCAGAAAAUCUUUCUUCUUGUCUGAACAAGAGCAACAAAUCAAAAUGGCAAGAUAUGCAAUCAACCCGAAUCCUGCAGCUCGAUCAAGUACCGGACUCAUACAAGCUCUGCGUCGGGGAGAGAGUGAAAGCAAUCAGAGGAGCAAUAUCUGCAUGCAUCCUCAGUCGAAGUUGUAUCCUCUUCAGCCUUGCACCUGAGCUCCUCAACACAGUCUUGCAGCUGCUGCAGGAGACAGUUUGGAACAAUGCGGAUAGAGGGCUGAUGAAGGGAAGUUACAACUUCGAACUUGCAGAUGGUGUAGACAAGCAGGUUUGCUAUGACGAGAUGAUCAGAAGGCUAUGUCGAAGAAUCAAUCCCUCACAAGUUUUCUUGUUUUAUCUCAGCAAAAUUGCAGCCAACGUUGAAGGAAAUGAGAAACCAGACACGAAUAACACAAACACUCUAGAUUCCGCACUCGUAUCAAAAAGCUGUUGUCAGCAACAACAGAUCUGGAACUUUGAUGCAAACACCGUCGAGUCUGCAUGGAUUAUUGCGCGAGUCGGCAAUGAUACUUGUGAAAUUUCGUACCACAAAAGUUGUGAACAAGGGCCCUCAUUGCAAGAUAUUAUCAACGAGGUUCAAGAAGUCUGCCGGGACGCCAACAGAGCUGUAAUGUUGAGCUCAGUGCUGGAGAGCAGAGUUCUCAACGUACAGCUACUACAAUAUGCGAGUGAGAGGAAACAAGAGCAAGUUCAGGUAGAAGAGCAAGAGAGAUCGUUCAAGUGCAUGGUGGAAGAGACGGUUGAAGAGACUUUCUUCAAGUGCAAAGUUUGCGCGACUAUGACCGUCAACGUGUAUGGACGUCUCAGUGCAGAAGACGCGAUGAAAUUUCUAAGAACAAAAAUUCUACAGCCUCACACCAUCAUGAACAACAAAUCAGUCUUCAUCUUGCAAGAAUCCACAGGAAAUGUCUACCUCAUCACAUCCGAAAUUAUCUCCAACAGUGAAGACAGAACGAUCGACGCCCCUCAACAAGACAAGUCAGACACGUCAACCGAAAUUCCUCAACAAGACAGAUCAGAAGACGUCUGUGAAACAGAGGAGCAAAUCAGAAAGCAGCAAGCUUCUUACGACCACAAAAAGACUUGCCAGUCUUCAAUAUCUCGCUCCCGCAUCGUCUUCUCGCUAUUUGGAGUCGAUGCACCUUGUACUGACUUUCUCUGCAACUUCUCAGGGAUUCUCCAGUCAGCAAUUGAUGACCUUGCUCAAAGGACUUUAGCUUUCAUGCUGAUGAGAAAUCCGCAACUGAAGCUGUCACAAUCUGACAUUUCCAUGAUCGCCCCAACAAAAGCCUCAGCGGCAAUCUCUGGAUCCGUCUUCCUCCCCAAGCAUUUUGCCUCUGAUUCUUUCCUGCCCCUCUUCAUCGAAAGGAGCUUGCAGAGAAAUUUCUUCCCGCUGUGUGUUGAGAAGAGUACAAGAAGUCCAUCAUUCAUGAUGCUUGAUGAACAAGAAAUCGCUGACAAGUCAGAAGAGAACAGAGAAGAUGCCAGCAGGUUCUCGAACAACUGCCCCAAGAUUCUUUUCAUCUAUGCACAUCAGGAUGACGAGAAUGAGUUGUUGUCGAGACAUCACGCGGCGAGCAUGGCAAGAAAACCUCAUCAUCUCUCCAUAUCCAACAGGAACUCCAUUGCUGAUGUUUCACCGCUCAACGUUCAUUCUCCAAACACCGCCAUCGCUCAAACAAAGUUCAACCUCGGCAAUGGACUGGCCCUGUUUGAGUUGCAGCUGGCAGCCAGGCCGACUCACGUGCCAACAAAGGAGGAGGAGGGCGUCUUGUUGGAUCUGCUCGACGAUAGUGAAUGCAUCCGAGCACAGUGGGUAGCAGACGACGAGUCAAGAGGGAGCGAGCCCUCAGAGGCAUCACUCGGCAAGAAUGACGACGAUGGCAAUGACGAUAACAACAAUGAUGUCGACGACGAUGAUGACGAUGGUGAUGAUGUUCGGUUCUGCCGAGUUACCCUAUGGUUGCAAGGUCAGGUCAAAGCGAACAACCUGGUCCAGAAGAUAGUCUCUUGCUUCGACCAGGCCAUGCUGGAGUCAGCAUCCGAGAUGUACUUUGAUGUCCCGCUCUCUCCCUCCCUCCCUCUCUGCAAGGGGAUGGUAGAGCAGACGCUGGAGUGCUGGGGGAAACUUUCCCUCCUCCCCUCCUCCCCCAUCCAGACGUGCCAAGUCAAGUCUGAGCUCGGUCUUCCUCCCUGGAUCAGCAAAAUUCUCAUCUGCGAUAUCAUGAGGGAGAUUUCUUCGAUCCUGAAAGACAACUCCUUUAUCAAGACAUGGCAGAUUUGCUCCCCUCCUCCUCCCUCUUCCUCCUCCUCCUCCUCCUCCCCCUCGUGCACUCCCUCCUCUCCCCACAAUCCCUCCCCUCCCGACGAGAUCAUUCCUGUCGUCGUCCGCCGCGACUCGGCCAAGGGCGCCCUGCUCGACCUGUCGGAGCUAGCGGGAGGAUGGUUGAGAACGGAACAUGUGCAGGGAGGGAGCUGGAGCUAUAGAUCUGUGUGCUCGAACGUGGAGGGGAGGAAGGACCAGGGAGCAACGAGCACACUUCGCAUUCCGACUCUCCGCGCGCGGUUGAACGAUGGGGAUGCGAUCAUGCCGAAAGUUGUUCUGCUCACGGCAUGCAAGCAGCAAGUCCAGAUGUUCUUUUACGGAUGCGAGGUACUGAUUGUGAUGAUUUUGCUGUUGAUGUUGUUGGUGAAGAGGAGGAGAAGAUGUGGAAUUGAUGACGAUGACGAUGAUGAUGACGAUGACGAUGACGAUGACGACGAUGAGGCGAUGCAAUAUGCACUUUGCUGCAAGAUGGGACUGCGGCAGAUAUGCCUGACUCCGACGAUGACCAACCUCGGCUUCAAGGACGUCGAGGAAUCGUUCCGGACGCUAGAGGAAACUUUCCACACUCCUUCAAGGCAGGAGCCGAGCUUGACUUCCCAAGGGCUCGACGAACCCUCCCACCAUCUCCCCCACGAGGGCUCGACGCAUGCAGGCAAGACGUCGGUGGGUGUCAAAGAGAUCAUCAGCAAGAGGUCAGCUAGGGCGUCAGCGAGGAUCCUCAACUUUCAUUCAGCAUCGCACUCACGAUUGCUGAGCCAAAAGCUGCCAGGGAAGCAAGAGGCUCUCGCCUCCCCCUCCUCCCUCCAGUCUCCCGGAGCGACACAGAGCAAGAAGGCUGAGAUGGAGUCGCAACUGUCCAGCAAGCAGUCGUACCCCGAUAGAUGCGCGCAGUCCGCCUCCUGUCGCAUGCUCGACCCUUGCUUGUUCCACGCGUCCAUGAUGUGCUUGGACGGCGCAGCAUGCGCUCCUCCUCAUACCCUUCAGCUCGUCGUUGCGCUGAAUCGCGAGGUCAACAUGGACCUUGUUCCUUGCAACCUGGGCAUCAACCAGAUCGUUGACCUGCACGCGGAGAUGUCAACUAGGAAGGGCUUCGUCCACCUGCACUCUCUACAGAACUGGAAAUCAAUGUUUCCCUCCCUGAGCUGCAAGCCUCCCAGCGUCAGGCAUGUCGUAGCACAGACCAAGGCUGAGCAUGAGGCGAUUUUGAUCAUUGAGCUGAUCCCUCGAUCCGAUCACAUCGCACAUGAAAGUCAGAGACAGCAGCAGGAAGUCAGUCAGACUGCUCCGUCCCGCACCGCCACCUCGUCGCUGCCGUCGUCACAGGCCAAGAGCAGGAGCAGCGAAGGCUCGUCGAGGGCUCAGGAACUUGUAGACUGCAGGCAACUAGGACGAACCGGCUACUGCAGCUGCAACCUCUACCGAGUAUUGACUUCCGAGUCUGCAUGCCUGCCUGCUUCCCACGGAGAGCAGGACGCCUCCUCCUCCUCCUUCUCCUCCAUCAGUCAGCUUGUCGGGAGCAACCGGGUGGCGGAUGAGCUGCUCUUAGACACUAUGAAGUUCAACAUGGAAGAUGCAGCGCUGGAGCGGGUGAGAUCUUGA